CAUGCCUCGGAAAAUUGAGGAAAUCAAGGACUUUUUGCUCACAGCUGGGCAAAAAGAUACCAAGUCUGUCAAGAUCAAGAAAAAUAAGGAUAAGGUGAUGUUUAAAGUUCGAUGCAGCAGAUACCUGUAUACCUUGGUCAUCACAGACAAAGAGAAGGUGGAGAAACUGAAGCAAUCUCUGCCCCAAGUUCUGGCAUUGAAGGAGCUGAAAUGA